AUGCUGACUGGACUUGUCAUCUCCAAGUGGCGUCUUGACUCGUUCGGCUUCAUACUAUCUGAAGCGAAUAUUCGAGACACACAACACACUGGUCUCUCUUCAUCUCCCACCAUUGUACCGGUGAAGCCAAGGGCAACAGAGGCUCCCUCAGCAGACGUCAAGCUGGCGACCGUAGCAGGAAAGAAAGGCAAGAAGGCUGAGGAGGAGGAGCAGCCUGCAGCACCGGCGGCGGUGGUGGUGGCAGCAGCAGCAGCAGCAGCAGCAGCACCGGCACCAGCACCGGCGGCAGCAGCGACAGCUGCAGCACCGGCAUCAGCAGCAGCAGCAGCAGCAGCAGGGGAGGAGGAGGAAGAGGAAGAGUAUGUGGUGGAGAAGGUUUUGGACCGCCGAAUCGUGAAGGGAAAAGUGGAAUUUCUGUUGAAGUGGAAGGGGUUCUCGAAUGAGGAUAAUACCUGGGAGCCAGAGGAGAACCUGGACUGCCCCGACCUUAUCGCAGAGUACAUGCAGAAAUACAGAGAGAAGGAGGAGAAGAAGAAAGAGGGCAAGAGGAAAGCUCCCAGCGAGGGAGACUCAGAAGAGCGAGGGACCAAGAGGAAGAAAGAAGAGGGUGAGAAGGCCAGGGGUUUUGGUAGAGGUCUGCAGCCAGAGAGGAUUAUUGGAGCAACGGAUUCGAGUGGGGAGCUGAUGUUCCUCAUGAAGUGGAAGAACUCCGAUGAGGCCGACCUUGUCCCAGCCAAGGAAGCUAACGUCAAAUGUCCCCAAGUGGUCAUCUCUUUCUACGAGGAGCGCCUCACCUGGCACUCUUACCCCACAGAAGAGGAGGAGAAGAAGGAAGAGGAGAAAAAAGACUAGAUUAGUAGAGGAGGAGUGCGGAGGUGGAGGGCGGGAAAUCGACAAUAUGCUGGUGAACUGUUGCCCAAGUGAGUCGACUCUAGCAGCCACUUUGGCAGGGAAAUUGAUUUAAAAAAAGAAAAAAAUCCCAAAUCAUUGUGAUUGAACUGCCAACGUAGCUGACAGAGGGGAAAAAGAUGUUUGUUUUCCUGCCCUGGAAGGAGACUGACGUGCUUUCCUCAAAGGAUGCUCCCACUUGUGUCUCAGCUGAAUGUGAAAGAAAAUGUGUUAAAGAGAUAUGUUGACGCUCCUCUGCUUUACUUCCCUCACCAAGAACAUGUCACCUGAUGGGAGUCGGUGCCUUUGUUCUGCCAGUAUUUCUCCUUGUCAUCACAAACUGAAUAUUGAACGCAAUCCUGUGAAAUGACUAAUAAGUGUUUGUCUCCAACACUUGGUGACAAGUGCUUGGUGUUGGAAAUUAAGCAAUACAACGGGAGCUGUCGAGCUACCUCUUUAACACGUGCAUUCAUGUGAGAAGCAAGCUGAGUGUUUGGCUGUGGCUGGCAAGUUUGUCUCUCCUCCCAAUCACCGGUCCUCAUUUAGAACUCCUGUAUUAGCCAGUAAGAGGGUGAGAGUGGCCAGUGGAUUGUGGCAGUUUGGAGUGGACAAACUUCCCUCCCCGCUUCGUCAGAACACACUGAGGGGAAAUUCUUUUGAAGGGGAAAGAAGUGAGGCGACGUAUUACGUGAAGUGUGUGAAAGAACGGACAGAAACCAUUUUGUCUCUUUCAGUAUCUGUUCUUUGUGCCACCUUGUUUCUCAUUAUCGCUGUAACGCUGUUCUUCAUUUGAAACUCAAAACACCAAAUGAAUACAUUUCACUCUAAUGUGGAGUCUCACAGUCUCCAUGAAAGAACCACCAGUCGUUGGCUUCAGCGUCUGUAUGUCCUACCAGCCAAUAUGGCAGUGAACCAGCUGCUGGCAGUUCAAAUGUCCUGCAUUUCUGUGCUAAAACAGUUUUUUUGAAUUUCUGAGUUUCCCUUCAUUCCAGCAAAACUGCAGCUUUUACUUUGCUUCCUGUAAGUUUUAAAUUUUUUUUUAUGAAAACUGAUAACUGAGCAAGUAUAUGAGCUAAGGUUUGAGCUUAACUUGUCAGUUUCUAUGGAUGUAAACCUGCGGAUCUGUUACAAUAUAAAGAGUUGGUGUGUCUGGUUAAAGUGCCCAGACUUCAUUUCAUUCCUGGUAGUCACAGCAGGUUGGAUUCCCCAACUUCUCAACUGAGUUCAGCAGUUUUAAAGUAUUAUCUUCGAUAGAUCUGAAGCAUGUUGUUUUUCCUGUCAAAAUGGCUGGUGGAGUGUACACACUGAAAAGCUACAGCUGUUUGGUUGUAAUUUCCACUGAGUGAUGGGCACACCGUUGGACGUUUGGUGAGGUUUUCUCAUCUAGCAUCUAGGCCUUUUUCAAACCAACACCUCACACCUGAAGAAGCUGUGAUGCCCUUUGACCUCCAGAUUAGAGGGGAGAAGCGUCGAGAACCCACGCAUGGUCAUUCAGACAGAAACACAUCAUGCACACACUGUUAGCCUGUUUUAACUAUCAGUCUUUUUUAAUUGCUUAUAUCUGGAUAUCAAAGAUCAGAUGAUUAUGUAGGUAGAGCGUUUCAAAAUCGUGCAUCGGUGAGACUGUAAUCAGAAUGCUGGAGUUGGCCUCUCCAUUUUAUGCACAGUUACAAGGUGAUCAGACUUGUUUCACACCUCCUGUACCUGUAUUAACCAUGUCAGCAGGACUGUGGGCCUGCUGUGAUAACAAGUUGUGGUGUAGUGUAGACAGCUGUGUCGCUAUCGGUGUGGGAAGUGACAUGCCAUAUGCCGCUAAACUGUUGGCUGCAGUUGGUACAUCGAUAUUCUCUGCCAGCCUCUUGUUUGGCUCAUGAGCGGUUGAAAGUGGCUUGCAGGUGGAAGUUUUUUCUGAUGAGGCCGACGCCCUAUCACUCAGUGGAUAUGUGCCCCAUAACAAAUACAACUGUGUUUUACUGUUUGUGGAAGAGAUAAUUGAAAGUACUUUUAGUCUUCAUUUCCACACCCUUGUUUUUAACCUUCACACACUCUGGUACCUGUGUUUUCUAAGCUGUAUCAUUUUAGCUUGCACUGACCGGGCGGCACUCACGACAUGAUGAUUCAGCACAUUUUGAGUGGCUCAUGGUUCCUCUUGCUUGCAGACCAUCCUAUGUUCCACACAUCAUUUUUUGCUAUUUGCAAAAAAUAAAAAAUGAAAGAGCUUUUGCGUUCAGCAUGAUCAAUUUAAUCACUUCAUAUUGAAUGUUGCCCGGCUGUGCUUAUUUCCAGGUAUACUCCAUUUAAGUUAAUAUAGUAUCUUCUUCUGUUAGCGGACCUGGGUUAGCAUGUUCAAAUCCAAUUUCCCCCAAACUGUUUGCUUUGGGUGGCAACUUACCUUGGAGAGAAUUUAGUCCUGAAAAUAUAUUUCCUUGACUCUAUUUUUCUAUUUCCAGUGGACAUUGUCUUUCUGCUUCACUUCACACUGCCUUGUGUCACAACCCUUGACAAAGCAGCAAUUUAUUUUUUAAAGUUACCCUCUUCCACAGAAUCUGAUCAUUUUAAUGAUCCCUAAUCCCCAGUAAAAUUCUGAGGAAGAUAUGUACUAAGUUAAAGAUGUAAGCUUCAUGAUAUACAGUCAGAGAAACAGGUUGGACGAUCACUAGUUGGUUCAGUUGUAAAUAAAAAUUAUGGCAUUUGAAAUCAAACCUCUGACUCAAACGGAGCUGUGCUGAUUGUUCAUGCCGCUGUCUGUUUUCACACAAAUGUAUUAUUCCGAGUAGAAUGCUCUCGUGUCUUCACUAUAUACAUGUUACAGUGUUAUGACUAAAAUGUCCUAUCCCGUGUCAGGAAGGGAUGAAUUAGCUGUACCUGGGUCCGCUAGUUAGCUUUUCUAUCUUGUCUCUGAAACUUCAGUGUUUAGCAGAUUAGAUUGUGUUGUCUUGUUGCUUGUAUAUUGGUUUCCCUUGGAAUGUCACUGUCAUGACUGAUCUUCCUUUGUCUGUUUUGGACAAUAAAGGUUUGUUUUGUUUUCAUAA